UUCAUUGAAUCGGGACAAUGUGAGAUACAAAUAUUUCUAAUUUGAUCAAAUAAAAAAACAGGAAAUAUAAUGGUCAAAAUUAUAUUAAUAUGUGGAAUAAUUUCAAUAUUUUUAGUGCAUUCUGUUAAAUCUACUGUUGUCAAUACUUGUGACAAUGGAGCACUACUUCCAAACACUACAAUGUAUGCUGGGACUCUGCUUUGUAAUCAAACACCUUGUACAUGUAUACCCGGGUGUCCGUUUACUAUCUACUUAGAAUUUUUAUCCCCAAAAUAUUUAGAAAAUAUGAAGCCUAAUAUUCUGGCUACUUACGCUGGAGUGACUAUACCGUAUCCAUUGAACCAGGAUGAUGCUUGUGAUGGGAUAGAAAACACUCAGUGCCCGAUAGUAAAAAAUGAACACAUUAAAUAUAAAAUAUCGAUGGAUAUUUUAAAUAUUUUUCCUGAGGUAACAGUGGCACUAGAAUUCACUAUUAAAGAUCAAGACACUGGCGAUGCUGUUAUAUGUGUACUUUUUGAUAUUGAUGUAAGGAAAAUUGAUUGUCCCAGCUGAGAAAUAAUAUAAAUCUAAUAAAUACGUUAUAAUAGACUACAUAAAUUAAAGAUAUGAAGUGCC